AUGAUUUCAUUCCAGGAAUUCCCACCAAAAUUACCUUUACAUAUAUUACAAAUAAUUUUUUUUACUCUCUUUUCCACUUUCGUUGCGUUUUCAUUAGAACCUCCGAAAUCACUAUUUAGAUACUUUAUCUUAAUCAAUAUAAUUGUAUGUUUGUUAACACUUCCGAUCAUAUAUCGAGGAAAAUAUGAGGAAUAUGAAAUAGUUCCGUUAACAUUAUUGGCAUUUGGUUGGAGCUUUAAAAUGAUGAUUUGGUUAAAAAAAUGUUUAUACGCCGAGAAGGAGAAACAAAUAGGUCCAUUUUAUUUGACUAUGUUUUAUUGGAGAAAAUUGCCGGAAAAAACGAAUAAAAGUCGAGAAAUAUCAAUUAAAGACAUAAAUAUUUACAUAAUUAAGCGUAUUAUUAUAUUACUUUUUAAGUGGAUUUUAUUUGAAAUAUUAUACAGAUGGAUAACAAAUAAUAUUCCUGAAAUACCUGAAGGGAUUUACCCGGUUCGAAUUUUCAACUGGAUUACAAAAGGAAUUCCAGCUUUAACACCUUUUUUAUUAUUUUAUUACGCUGUAACUACAUUUUUUGUCACAAUCACGUUAUCUUUAGGAUACGAUCUAUUCCUUAUUAUAAAUGGAAUAUUUUUAAGAUUUCUUAUCACUUUAAAAGAUGAAAAAAGUAUCUUCUUUUUCGAAAAACAGCAUAUGAAACAUAUUAAGGAAUGGUGUAUAUCCAUGAUUUAUGAUACAAAUCAUAUGUUUAGAUAUCCUUACUUAUCAACAUCUCCGCGAGAUCUUUGGUCAUUCAGAUGGCAAUUAUUCUUAAACGAAAGUUUUAAAGAAUUAGCUUAUUUACCAGCUCGAAACCUUUUCAUUAACAGAUCAAAAAAUUUUAGGGAUGCGAUCGGAGUUUUAGCAGCAUUUACUAUGAGUGCCAUAUUACACGAAUAUCUCAUAUUCGUUCUUUUUAAUAAAUUUUCAUUUGAUAAUUUUUUCUUCUUUACUUCACAUGGAAUUAUUCUUGUUAUUUGGGAAAGUAUCUUUGGAUCAAUAAAAGAAAAUGAAGAAAGUUCUUCUAAAAGAAUUUUUUUAAGGUGGAGUAUUAUGAUGAUGAUCAUUUUAUUCACUUUACCUGGAUUUGUUGAACCAUUUGUACGACAUCCUCGUUGGGUUGCCUCAUCUGUAUUUUCAAGCUAUACAAGAGAUCCUUCUCACAAUUUCAAUUUUUCGAAAUUUUUAAAUUAUGAUAUCAGAUAUUUUUCAUCUUUUAAACCUUUAGAAACCUAA